UAACAUGUGGAUAACAGGGUUUUUUAGCCUCAAAAUCAAAUAUUUGUGAAACAAUUGCUUGAAGAAUAUCUCAAUGUUUGCAACAAACAUCAAACUAUCGGCCUAAUUAUUUUGCGGAUAUCAAACUACCAUGUUUACCUGUAUAAACAUGGUUUUUUUUUAAAUUAUCAUUAAUCAAUAAGUAGCAAGUUGUGAACCACACAGACAUUUUCGUUGCGCUGAAUCACAAAAAACCGAGAAUGAUUUUAAACGUGCUUUUAGCUUGUCUUUUGAAGACUUUUGCAGUCAUUGUUACGGUUUCAGCAAGUUUCUUCAUUUUGGAAAAUGGAGAAAAUAGUGAUGAAAGCUUUUCUGUCACAGAAGGUCUACUUGCCUGCGAUAGAGAUAAAAGCUGUGAGCAAGUACAAUAUAACAUUGACACAAAAUAUUUUAAGCUCGUCGAUAAUGUUGAUGUGGCAGCUAAGACGGCAAAAACGAAUGGAAUUAUAUGGAGAAAGGUCAGUGACCAAGGACCAGCUGGGUCCAACAAAGGAGCUUCGUCAAAAGGACCGUUUGGAUCCUGCAAAGAAGCUCUGUCAACAGGAACAACUGAAGGCAAAUUCAUGCUUAAGCUCGACAAUUCUACCACAAUAACAAAUGUCACCUGCAUAAGGAAAGAUGGAGCGAUAUACGCAUCGUUUGGUCACGACAGUGAGCAACGUAUUCGAGUAAAAGGGUAUGGUACCGAGGCUUCGUAUAGGCGCAGUUUUAUAUACAACAACAACCUGAAUGACAUCAUAGCCUACGUAGAAUCAUCGAAGGCAUGCAAGCAGUUCACAAGAUUCGACUGUUAUGACAUGCGUCUAAAUGGAUACGGCUACUUGGUUGACAGAAACGAACAAGCGAUGACCUACUUCGGGGGAGGUCCAGCAGACGGCACAGGAUGCAGUUGUGGCAUUACAAAUACAUGCAGUGGUGGGAAAAAAUGCAACUGUGAUUCUAACAGAGAGGAAUGGCUAUUCGACGAGGGUUACGUCACAGAGAAGAGAAGACUGCCUCUUACUGGAGUGACGCUUGGCGACACAAACGGUAGAAUAGAAGAAGGUGCUCACACUAUUGGACCACUUCUCUGCGAAGAAUAAAUAGGGGACAGUGAAAACUGAGCAUUUCUGGCUUUUUUAGAAUUUUUCAGGCACUUUUAAUACAUAAACAAAAGGGGCAACAAAACAUAUGUCGAGGGGCAAAUCAAUCAUCAUACAAGGUUCCCAAGAAAAAUGAUUUAAAGAAAUUAUUUAUAAAACUAAAGAAUUUCUACAAAAGAUAUACGAAAUUUUCAUGGUCUGACUUAUCUUUCUAGCUCAGUUUCGUUAAAGCAUAACUUUAAUUGUUAGGCCUGUUCAGUGCCGUCGCAACGAAAUUCAUUUUUGGGGGCUGCCCAUUGUAUUCCUUCUCAUUCAGCACACUGUUAUAAAUGAAACAUACUACCGUGUGUCAGUUAUUGGGGAGGGGGGGCUCGAGCCCCCUAGCCCUCCCGGUUCCGACGGGUCUACUGUUAUCAAUGAAAUUAGAUUCUUAAUUAGAUUUAUUUUGCUUAGAUUUUGAUUUGCUGAAAGAUUACUUUGUGUAAAUAUAUUAUAAUAAAAAAACAUACAAAAAGUAGCAAAAUUUUGGCAAGAUCUUCUUUCUCAUUUAAUUUCAUUACUCAGUGGUUUCUUGCACCAAAGCACCUCUCUUGUAUAGAUACUUUUUGAACAUCAAAGAUUCUCUAGACAAGAUUGAUUUAUACGUUAUUCUGUGCAUGGGUUGUCAAAGUCUGGUUCUUUGUGUAAAUCGAG